CCUCCGCAGCCAUUCAAUUAACCCUGGCUCAAAACAGCUCCAGCCGCAGCCGGGCACCGUCUCUUCUACCUGGGGCUAUGAUCCGCACGCGGGCGCCGGGGACUCGGGCACCGCCGCCGCCGCCGCUGCUGCUGUCGCUGUCGCUGCUGCUGCUGUUGCUGUCCCCGAUUGUAAGCGGAGACUGCGGCCCACCUCCAGACAUUCCUAAUGCCACGCCAAACUCUGGUAAACACACCAAGUUUGCCCACCAAAGCCAAGUGACAUAUUCGUGUAAUAAGGGCUUCAAACAAAUUCCAGACAAGCCAAACACAGUGGUCUGCCUUGAAAAUGACCAAUGGUCUAACUACGAAACUUUCUGUAAUAAAACCUGUAGUGCUCCACUGAGACUGAAUUAUGCAUCCCUCAAAAAGGAGUAUCGUAACAUGAAUUUUUUCCCAAUUGGUACCACUGUGGAAUUUGAGUGUCGGCCAGGAUUUCAAAAAGUAACUUCACGCACAGGAAAAUCAACUUGCCUUGAGGAAUUAGUAUGGUCUCCAGUUGUUGAAUUUUGUAAAAAAAGAGCAUGUCCUAAUCCUAGAGAACUGAAAAAUGGUCACAUCAACAUACCAACUGACAUAUUAUUCGGAUCAGAAAUAAUCUUCUCAUGCGACAAAGGGUAUAAGCUGGUCGGUGUAACUUCUACUUUUUGUUCUAUUACGGGGAACGCUGUGGACUGGGACGACGUAUUUCCAGUGUGCACAACAAUUUUUUGUCCAGACCCACCAAAAAUCAAUAAUGGAAGAAUUCGAGAGGAAAGCGACUCUUACGCAUAUAGACAGUCGAUUACCUAUUCCUGUGACCAAGGCUUCAUUCUGGUUGGAAAUUCUUCCGUUCUUUGUACUCUGAACGGUGAAGUAGGAGAAUGGAGUAGUGCACCACCCAAGUGCAUAGAGAGAAACAAGGUCCCAACUAAGACCCCACCAGAAGUUGAUAUUCCAAGUACAAUGCCUCAUGUAUCCACCUUAAUUAAUUUUCCAAGUACAAGAGCCCCACUGUCUCAUAAACCCACUACAGUUAAAGUUCCAGGUACAAGAGCCAAACCAACGUCUCACAAGCCCACUGAAGUUAAAGUUCCAGCAACACAGCAUGUACCUGUUACCAAGACAACGGUACGUCAUCCAACGAGAACAUCUAAAGACAGAGGAGAGUCUAAUUCAGGUGGUGACCAUUUUAUAUAUGGACAUACAUGUUUAAUAACCAUGACAAUUUUGCAUGUGAUGCUCUUACUCACUGGCUAGUUGACGUAGCCAACGAAGAGUUAAGAAGAAAGUAUAUACAACCACUGAGAAUACUUCUAGUUUGUUACAAUGUCCAGGAAGAAUGGAUACAAUAAAUUUAAUAGUGUUGUUGGUUCUGUAUGCUGUCAUCGUCUUGAAGGUGUGCUAGAAAUGUUAACAAAGCAAGAAGAAAGGAGGUUGUCUGGAAUGGUCUUCUCAAUGCAUAUAAGUCUCUUGAAAAUAUUUCAAAACUAGACAAAUUCACAACGUUGUGUAGUAUCUUUUCUAAAAAAAAAAAAGUGUGGGAAAGUGUAGAAAAUUUUCAGCGGAGAGGGAAAUCAUGAUUUCUUAGGCAAGAUCUAUCCUGUUAUUCUAGCUUACAAUAAAAAAUAGGAAGCUAAAAAUACUGAUGAGAUUGCAAAAGUAAAACAAAGACCCCAAACGGAAUUUCCUUACUUGUAAGCUGAAUUGCUAGAGCUGGGACAUUCUUAUUUAACCCUUGACCUGAAGGCAUUUUCCUUUCUACUCUGUAUUGGCAAACUGUUAUAAAGGAAGAGCAUGCUAGCAAACCAGAGGUGGGACAGGAAAAGAGCUCACUUGGUGCAGUGCUUGCCCCGUGUGCCUAAAUUCCUGGGCUCCUUCCUCAGCACACAUUUAUAAUCCCCACACUUGGGAGGUAAAGGCAAGAAGAUCAGAAAUUAAAGUUCAUUCUGGGUUACCUAGUGAGUUUCAGGCCAGCCUGGGAUGCCUGAGACGCUAUCUCAACAAACAAACAAACAAACAAACAAACAAACAAACAUCAUAGAUAGAUGGAUGGAUUAGAUAGAUAGAUAGAUAGAUAGAUAGAUAGAUAGAUAAAAAAUGAAUAAUGUUGAGCCUUUUGACUUAAUUGAUGGCAAAUGAAGAGGAUGUAGUUGAAGACCACCUUUAUUAAUCUACCUUUAAACACACAGACUGGAAUCAGGAAUAGUUCACUGCUUUUAAGAAGGAAAAGCUGCAGUUUGCUCUCAGGGAAAUCUUUUCUUGUUUUGUUUUCUCCAGUAAAAAAGCCUUAGGAAGGUGUCUUCACUAAUCGGCCAUUUGUAUAAUAGUGUCAGUGGUAUCCUAACAUCUACAUAUGAACAGAUUUUGCACAUGUUCAUAGCCAAAUUGUAAAUCUUAUUCUUUUGUAAUAUUAAGAUAAGUCUAUUUAUAUUUUAUUUAUAUCAGUGAACAUUUUGGUUUUAAAUGUAUAUCAAGAAGAUAUGUAAUAAAAAUAUUUAAUUUCCUUUGAAUAGAAAUAAAUAAAUACUCACACU